UUAACCUUCACCACAUACCACGAUCACCACUACGGGACUUGUAGCUCCCAACUGCUCUGUAUUUUGAUUUUCUUCUUUGUUUUAGUACCCAAUAUCAAUUCCUAACUUCACAAGAAUCUUUCAAACUGACCGUUAGGAUAUCUUGAACGAGGACCCGAGCUCUAUCCAACCAAUCGACGUUACAAUAGUGAAACAUACAAACCCUUCGAACUCUAGGUCAUGAAUGGCACCUCCCCGCACUCUCGCCCCCUCAGGGAGCGCAUCCUCAGAUUACUUUGGGGACGAUGACCCUGAGUUUCUGCAAGCUCUAUACGAGACCGUCCUCCCCGGUGAUGUAAUGUUAGACAGUUCCAAGCAAGAUACAUCGGAUGUCGAAGUUCCAGAGAUGCCGCCCUGCGCUCAGCCUAGUCUCAAACGACUUCGCUCGCCAGACUUGGAUGACUUAGAAGACCUCGUUCCCUCUGCGUCAUAUCACAAAAUUUUAUCCUCGGUGGACGAGAACAAAGAAAGUGCUGGAUAUCUUGAAAGUGAUGUCUAUGGCGCUGCUCAUUUCGGUGAUUUCGGAGAAUACAUGGCGAGGAAGCGUGCCAAACUUCAGAUUCAGAACGCCGAAUUGGAGGACGCUGACAUGGUAUCUGAUUCGAAGAGCAAGAUAUUUCAAGGGUUGCAAAUCUAUAUCAAUGGAUACACUGAACCGUCAGUUCAAGAUCUUCGUCAGCUUAUUAUGAAGCAUGGUGGUAUCUAUCAUGCAUAUCUGGUCAAGAAAAGCUUAGUUACGCAUAUAAUCACCUGCUCGCUAACUCCUAACAAGAUUCGCGAAUUCAAACAUAUGAAGGUCGUCCGACCGGAAUGGCUUGUUGAGAGCGCGAAAUCGGGAGUUCUACUACCAUGGAAGGACUUCAUUUACAAAGCAAAUGAACGGCUUGAGCACCCACAAGGCAAACGAGCGCCGCAAAAGUCUCUUUAUGACACCUUUAGUUCACAGCGAGCAGCAAACCCGCAGACAAGUACAGCAGAGACGGCGCCAGACUCUUCGCCCCGUGUGGGACUAGUUCAACUGGACACAACUGAAACACCUGUGGCUGGACCAUCUCAUGUUACCCCACCUUCAACUCCUACGAAAUCACAAUCAACGCCACGGCCAUUGCACAUCACCGAUCCUGGAACGCCAUCUCAAGCCGAACGAGUACCAGACUAUGCAUUUCAUAAAUCUAACCCCAUCGCUGAACGGGCAAUGGCUGACCCUGCCUGGCGAGCCGCCCAUACAUCGGUCGCUCCAGAUUUUAUCGAAGGCUUUUAUCGCAAUUCUCGUUUGCAUCAUUUGUCGACUUGGAAAGCGGAGUUGAAAGGUCUAGUGACUGAGGCUCUUGAACGAGCGGAAAAUGGUACGAACUUGGGUCGUGUACCUGGUGGUGAAGAUGGUGAGGAUGAAGCAGUCGGUAAGAUCGUGGAGGAGAACAUGGGAGGGAGGGCUUGGAAAGACGAGGGUGUGGAUGUGAGCAUGAAGGACGCUCAACUAGUCAUGCGUUCUCCUAGUAGGAAGGGGAAGGAGAGAGCUUUCGACGAUGACGAAGAGCGGAUCAUCAUGCACUGUGAUUUUGACAGCUUCUUUGUCUCGGCUGGGUUGGUUGACCGACCACAUCUUAGAGGAAAACCAGUCGUAGUCUGUCAUUCACAGGGUAAUCAGGGUGGACAAGCCAGUACUAGCGAGAUUGCGAGUGCUAGCUACGAAGCUCGGGAGUAUGGAAUCAAAAGCGGGAUGAGUCUUCAGCAAGCACGGAAACUUUGUCCUACAGUCUUGACAAUGCCAUACGAAUUUCAGCGCUACAAAACGUUCUCCUUACAAUUCUACACUAUUCUCAUGGCACACGCGGAUGAACUUCAAGCAGUCUCUGUCGAUGAAGCGCUGAUAGAGGUGACUACUAGCGUCCGUCGAAUUAAGUCAGAGAUGGCAAGAAGUCAAGGUUACACCUCUGCACCUCUCGGCGAUCCCGCAAAAAACUUUGCAGAAGCUAUCCGUGCUCAGGUCAAGAGAGCGACAGGAUGUGAAGUCAGUAUUGGUAUUGCACAUAAUAUCAUGUUAGCCCGCGCGGCAUCUCGCAAAGCUAAACCAGCUGGAUCAUAUCAUGUCACGCCAGAUACCGCUCGAGAGUUCCUUGCACCUUUGGACAUCGACGACCUUCAUGGAUUCGGUUAUGCUACCCGCCAGAAGGCUUUCGAGAAGCUUCGUGCUACUAACCUCGGAGAGCUUGCGAAGAAAAGUCGGGCAGUGCUUUGCGACGCUCUGGGUAAGGGCACAGGUGAGACACUGUACAAGGCGGUCCGAGGCAUCGAUGAGAGGAAGAUUGAGUCUGACAAGCAGCGGAAGAGUGUUUCUUGUGAUAUCAACUAUGGCAUUCGCUUUGAGAACAACCAGCAAGCAGAAACGUUUAUUUAUCAACUCGCACAGGAGGUUUCAAGACGUUUGAAAACAAUUGACAUGCUUGGACGCUCGCUGACUAUCAAGAUCCUAGUUAGAGAUCCGUCAGCACCAGUGGAAGCACCCAAAUUUAUGGGACACGGCCUUUGCGAGGCAUUUGCCAAGCAAGCACAAUUGGUUGCUCCUGGUGGUCACGCAACCAGUGGUGACAAGGUCAUAGGUGAACAUGCUUGGCGACUUCUUAAGAGCUUCAACUUCGACCCGAAGGAACUGCGUGGCAUUGGAAUUCAGAUUCAGAAGUUGGAGAAAGCAUCUGGUGAAGGUGAAGGCGGUCCAGGGCAGGCGGUUUUGCCAUUCAGACCCGCCGAUGUCGCGAAGGCUAUCACAGAGGAUGAGAAUAAGAACGAUUCUACACCGAAGUCCUCACAGGUGACAAAGGCAAAACUUUCAGAGGCAGAAGUAACCCUCCAGGAGGCGUCAGUGACCAAAGCAUUAUCUCCUUCCUUGGUGCAUUCGGAUCUUCCUCGAUUUUCCCAAGUAGACAAGUCUGUCUUCGACGCGUUACCAGACGAUAUCCGUGCAGAAUUGGAGGCAGAGUACAAGCGACGUUCAGUUCCUCCAGAAGUUAUCAAUGCGAUACCACCAGUGACAGUAACCGUGAAAGAAGAGAAGAAGACAAAUUUUCCAGGACACCCGGCCAAAAAAGUUACAUUUAAAGAGCCAGCUCCUCCCAACCUGGCCCGAAUCACUCGACAACUUGCGCCAAGAAGUAAGUCGCCCCUUCCUGGGAAGCAAAGUGCAUUGUUUUGCAAGACCAGGUUCGUGACUAGAUCAAAUGUCACCGAGUCUGAAUUGCGGAGACUUGGUCUCGAUCCUGUCGUCUUCGCCGGAUUACCGCCUGACUUGCAGCGAGAGCAAUUGGCAGGAGCUCGGUUCAAGAAGACGGGAAAGUUGGGCGUCACUUUUCCAAGCCAGCCCAAGAGGCUCAGGCCGAUUGUCCGUCCAUCAAAACCGAGAACAAGACCACGCUACAUCCCACCUCCUCCCCCGAAGGCUCAGUAUCCUGAGGUUCCAGUUCUCAAACAACAAGGGAAGACUAAAGGAGAGAAGCUUUUAUUCACUGAAAAGGAUGAUCUUCAGAACGUCAUUGAGCAAUGGAUGAACGGUUUCCUUGAUCAUCCUCCGAACCAGCGGGACGUGGAUUACUUCGCCAAGUUUUUGGUUCAAUGCGUCGAUGGGGGCCGUGGUUCGGAUUUUGGCUUCGAGAAGGCAGUUGCCGUUGUCAAGUGGUGGUUGGUUCUUAUCAAGAGGCACUUCAGUGCAUGGGAAUAUUACCAGUACGAGCCCGAACUGAAGCCCCGGAAGCGCUACACCAAUGAAGCAAUAGGUCGAGCAUGGUGGAAGGCUUUCAGAGAAGUCAAAGCCAAGAUGGAUGCUGUCGCUAGGAAGCGGUUUGGAGGAUAUAUCUCGCUUCGCUGAUGCUUAGGAUGUUCUCACUCGACGUUUAUACCGUAUUGAUAGCACCUCUAACCCAUAGUGUAUCGUAGCCUAAGGUAUUGUACAAGUAUCAUCAAUGUAUCUCCACCAAUACAGAUAUAUCUUGAAAUCACU